CCUAUCUGCAUAAAGUUUUUUUUGUUUUUUUUUUUAGUGCGUUUGUAUGCGCCUGGUGCCCGUGUGGUUUCUCUACGUACGAAAUUGAAUUUCACGAGUCUGAUAUAGACAUCAUCGCGGUACAAGGACAAGAACCCGUCCACUGUCCUUGGAAAGAAACGCUCGAAAUCACCACAUUAUCAGCAAAAAAACCUUUAUGAUAGAGUGAAAUCCGAAACCGUUAAAACAAAAUAACUCGCGUUUCGAGGGUGAACAACAUUCAGCAUAUAGCCAGUCUGAUUAAUCCAUUCUUCUUCGCCGAACUGGAGAAGGUCAUCUAGCACAUCGUAUUACCAUAGCUAGCAGCCAUGCAGAGACCUAGAAGCGGGCGCAUUUCUGAGGGUUCCAAAUUGGCCAUGAUUAACUCCGGCAUAUCAAGAUCGUCUGCCAGCAUGGACAUCCCAUCGCCACCUGUUUCAUGGACAACUCGCAGACAAACGGCAGGAACAGCAGCUUCACGUGGUGGGGAGGAUUCUUCGCUGACGAAAGGGAAUUCGGGUGAUCAUCACGUUGGUUAUUCGCGUCCUGCCACUCCGUCAGCGCCCGGGGGGACGAACCUUCAGAAUUCAGCAGCAGGCUCUUAUUCAUCCUUCUGUGGGAUCACAGGAUCCACUGGAUCAUCCGCACUGGCUCCGGCAGCGCCUUCCGCUGGCGGGGGUCCUAUCGCCGGUCCGACUAGUUACCGCGAUCAUAACGAACAGUCCGGCAGCGGCGAAUGGGACCUGAAAAAAUGGAACGAAGAACGCGAACGAGAUCGAGAAACGUGGAUCAACGAUCCGGAAUGGCUCCGCGUCGAGUCGUGGAUCGACGAACAUCCCAAUUUUUGUCUCGACUAUUUUCUCAGGAAAGCUACUCGGCAGAUGGUCGAUGCCUGGCUGGUGUCACACUCGCUCCCAAGCGGAGGCGCUGGAGCCGCUUCCGGAGGAUCUACCGAAACGGAAUCAGGUUCUUCGACGAGUGGUCAGCAACAACAGCCGGGAAUCGGCAGCAGUGGCAAAACUAGUUCUGGAAUGGCGACACCCGUCCGCAAGAUCUCGGCUCACGAAUUUGAGCGUGGCGGUCUGCUCCGACCGCUAAUUAGCAACGUUGACGGCACGCUGACAUUCAUCAGCCCGUCGACCAGCGAAGAGACACACGCCCUCAUCAACCACAGCAUUAAACCUUUCCGGCGGAAUCGUCACGAGCUCAAAUCACUUGAUGAGAAGGAGCUCAUUUUCGAGCUCGUCAAAGAUAUAUGUAACGAUCUGGACGUACGCAGUCUCUGCCACAAAAUCCUGCAGAACGUGAGCAUUCUGACGAAAGCCGAUCGAUGCUCCCUCUUCCUGGUGCAAGGCGAACGAGGAUCCGACUCGCGCUGCCUCGUCUCGAAACUUUUCGACGUCUGUUCCCAAUCCACUUUGAAGGAAAUGGAGAAAAAGGAGGAAAUUCGCAUCCCGUGGGGAUCCGGCAUUGUGGGCUACGUAGCUCAAAGUGGCGAGCCAGUCAACAUACCUGAUGCAUACAAAGACGAACGUUUCAAUCACGAUGUGGACGUGAUGACGGGCUACCAUACGCGCUCCAUGCUCUGUCUGCCGAUCAAAGACUCGAAUAACGAGGUCAUUGGGGUCGCGCAAGUCAUCAACAAACAGGGGGAUUACGAAGCCACAUUCACGGCGACCGAUAGCCGGGUCUUUGCCGGUUAUCUCCAGUUUUGCGGCAUCGGUCUCAAAAAUGCGCAGCUCUACGAGCGCAGCCAAUUAGAAAUUAAACGCAAUCAGGUUUUAUUGGAUUUAGCCCGCAUGAUCUUUGAGGAGCAAAGUACGCUGGAGAUCAUGGUCUACCGCAUCUUAACCCACACGCAAUCACUAAUACAGUGUCAGCGUUGCCAGGUAUUACUAGUCCACGAGGCGUCGAAGGGAACCUUUUCCCGUGUAUUCGAUUUUGAAGCCAGCGAUCUUAGCGGAGAGGACCAGGAGGGAUCUGGAACUAGUCCAAACGAAAGUCGAUUCCCGAUUAACGUGGGCAUCACCAGUUACGUCGCAACGACGGCAGAGACAGUGAACAUAAUCGACGCUUACAAGGACACUCGAUUCGAUCCUUCGGUCGACGAAGGCACGGAUUUCGUCCACAAAACGGUCCUCUGCAUGCCCAUCAAGAAUUCCGACGGUUACACCAUCGGAGUCAUCCAGUUAGUUAACAAAUUCAACAACUUGCCGUUCACCAAAAACGAUGAGAACUUUGUCGAAGCUUUCUCAAUCUUUUGCGGCAUGGGCAUCAACAACACCAACAUGUACGAGAAAGCCAUUGUGGCCAUGGCCAAACAGCGCGUCACGCUGGAGGUGUUGAGUUACCACGCUACCGCGCCGGCCGAGGAUGCCACCAAGUUAAAGAAAGCCAUCGUCCCGUCGGCAAAAGCGUAUCGACUGCACGACUACCGUUUCAACGACUUCAGUCUGGAGGAUGAAGAGACUUUGAAGGCCUGCCUUCGAAUGUUUCUCGAUUUGGACUUGAUUGGGAGAUUCCACAUUGAUUACGAAGUCCUCUGCCGCUGGCUCCUCAGCGUCAAAAAGAACUACCGCAACGUGACGUACCACAAUUGGAGGCACGCCUUCAACGUGGCCCAAAUGAUGUUUGCCAUCGUGACGGGCACGCAGUGGUGGAAAGUUCUAGGUGAAAUCGAAGUUCUUUCGCUCAUUAUGGCUUGUCUGUGUCACGAUCUUGAUCACAGAGGAACCAAUAAUUCCUUCCAAGUCAAAGCCUCCUCACCGCUGGCGCAAUUGUACACAACAUCGACGAUGGAGCGUCAUCAUUUCGACCAAUGUCUCAUGAUUCUGAGCAGCCAAGGUUGUCAAAUAUUGAGCAACGUCACUUCUAUCGAAUACACGAAGAUCAUCAAAGUCCUCGAGGAAGCCAUCCUAUCCACCGACUUGGCUGUCUAUUUCGGGAAACGUGGAGCUUUCUUUCAACUGGUUUCAUCCCGGUCGUACGAUUGGUGGCAGGACAGUCAUCGGGAGCUGUUACGCGGCAUGAUGAUGACUGCUUGCGACGUCGCCGCCAUCACCAAACCGUGGGAGGUGCAGUGGAAGGUGGCCGAUUUGGUAGCCAACGAAUUCUUUGAACAGGGAGACAUUGAGCGCCGGGAGCUCAACAUUACGCCGAUUGAUAUGAUGAAUCGUGAAAAGAAAGAUCAACUACCCGCUAUGCAAGUCGGAUUUAUCGAUUCUAUUUGCCUACCAGUCUACGACGCGUUUUCCGCGGUGGAUGAGAAGCUAACUCCUUUACUGGAUGGAGUCCAUUCGAAUCGAAAGAACUGGCAGUCGCUGGCCGAUUCCUAUAACAAGCGACUACAGGAUCAGAAGGAAGCGAUGCAAGAGCAAAAAAGGAAACUGGAGCAUCAACAAUCAGCGGCGCAACAGACACAGCAACGUAAUGGCCAAAUUAGCCCUGUGGAAGCUUGAUGGGAAACAAAUUAACCAAGAAAAAUGACUUGCUGCCAAACAAAAAACAAAACAAAAAAAUUCAAAAAAAAAAAAGAAGAGAAAAGGUUUUUUUGCCUGCCCCUUAUGACUUGUAAAAAAAAAAAAAAAGAAUUACUUACAAA